CAAAAACGUUUUGAAAUUAACGCAUCGUACUUAAAAAGACCUGGCCGCUUAAUAAUCACAAAUAAACGACUUUAUUGGUCUCCUAAUAACGGAGAAAAACAGCCUACGGUCAACAUUCCUCACGCAGUCUCAAGUAAAAAGGUGGCCCAAGAACCAAAAUUCAAAAUAUCUACUGGUGGGGCUGAUUACACGUUUUCUUUAAGUGGCUGGGAUCUUAUUCGAAAGAUACAGGCAGAGUUAACUAGUGCUAUGAACAAUGGGAGAUCUGCUGCACCUUCCCCGGCUGCUCCUAGAUCUGCUGCUGCUUCUCCAGCGCAUCAACGUUCUUCUGCACCAUCUCCUGUUUCAGGUUCUUCUUCUCCUGCACUUCGAAAUGGCUCUCAACAGGUUUCUAGUAAAUCUGGUCCCUCAUUGCGGAAGCCUGACCUUGGCAAUAAACAUUAUUUGCGUAUGCAAUUACUUUUACGAGAUAAAAACCUUUCAGAACAACACAGAACACUUGUCUUAAAAGAAAAAUGUGUCACUGAAGAUGAAUUUUGGGAACUUCGCCAAGAUCUGCUAAGAGAUCAGUUUAUACAAUCGAACCAAAAAAAGGGGAGGUCUUCUGUUAUUCCUAAUAUCCGACCAGUUACUGAAGAAGGAGGCGAAACAAAAAUAAAUAUUACUCCUCAAUUAGUUCAGGAGAUUUUUGAUGAAUAUCCUCGCGUUAAAAUAGCAUAUGAACAAAAUGUAGGCGAGAAUAAGGUAAAUAAUUCUAGCUGGAGUUUAAUGAUAGAAACAGAAGCAAUGGAUCGAGUGUGGGAGCAUGGACGUAAGCGAAUAAAAAUCAGCAAUCUUCGAGAUCUAAGUGCAACCAAAGAAGAUCACAUGGAGGUUGAGUUGGUAAAAGACAUAACAAUGCGUUCAGGGCAAGGAAAAAUUCUUUCUUUAAUUCGUCGAAGUAAUCGUCAUGGUGAAAGAAUUUUAGAAACAUCGAG